ACGAUAUUCACACUUUUAUUUUUAUUUUUUACAUAAUUUUUAUUUUGUUGUCCUUAAAUCGAAGUAUGAAUUAAAAAAUGAAAUCCCAAUAAAAUAAAUAGAAAUUUGAAACGCACCCUCGCCUAGUUAAUACGACAUCGCUUUUUGGUACAUUCAAGCCCGAUCCCUGUGGAUUUCUUGAGUAAUCCAUACUUAGAAGAUUCAAGAGAGCCGCCAAACCGGAAACUGUGCCUCUGCGCCAGAAUACGCCCCCGUUACGAAACUUCUAAAAUCAGCGCAAUUUUAACUUUCUGAAAAGACCGCACGCAAGGUGUUUGAUGAAAUUCCUCAACGACCUUCUUUUGAACAUAAAGUGGUGUGGGCAUGGCUCUUGCGAAUGCUGCUGCUCUCAAGUUCUCGACUUCUGCGUUUUUGGAUCCUUCGGCAGCUUCCAUCUUUCAAAUUCAACCCAUGCAGCAGACUGGAAGAACAAGUUUCUCGGUGAAGCCGUUUGUUAUGAGAGCGAGGGGGAAUGCCAGGAUGGAUAGUGCGAAAACUCGAAACAGAAGAAUGCAGAAGAAGUAUAACGGCACAUCCAAGAGACCGAGGCUUUCAGUAUUCUGUUCAGAUAAACAGUUGUAUGCAAUGCUGGUAGAUGACCAAAACAAGAAUUGUUUGUUUUACGGAAGCACCCUGCAGAAAUCUAUUCGUCAGAGCCCCGAUUGUAGUACCAGUGAAGCUGCUAAACGUCCCGGUGAGGAGCUCGUCAAGGCCUGCAAUGAACUCAACAUACAUGAAAUAUCAUCUUAUGACCGCAACGGUUUUGCUACUGGGGAAAGGAUUCAGGCAUUCGAGAUUGCAAUUUCUCAGCAUGGUUUCUUGUCAAGAUAGAUUUGUUUGCGCGUGAAUUCUAUACAUCAACUCCACCUCUGUUAUACUA